AUGAUCAUUUUAGUUAAAAAUGUUUCAGGUGUCUCAAAAAAAGAAGUCGAACGACAAUCAAUUCGUAUAGAAAAUAAAGAACCAUUACAAUCUUCAUCAUCAGAUUCUGAUGAUAAAUCUUUAUCAUUUGUUCCAACAAAACGAUCAAAAAAAUGUGUCUUAAGUUUUGAUGAACGCGAUCAAGAUCAAAAAAGUAAUUCAUCAACGGAAAAUAUUAAAGAAACACCAACUAAAAUUGUUACACAAAUGAAAAUUAUUGAUACGCAAGUUGAAAUAAAAAAUUAA